ACGUGAUUUUAUCUUCCAACGAGGGAGCUUCUGUUAUCCACUUCAUCAUUCACGUCUCUUCCGCAAAACCCAACAUUCAAAUUCUUGUCUGAAUAACGAAAUCCCAACAUUUGCAUUGCAUAGAUUCCUUCACAAAUCCUCUGAUUCUGAUUCUGGUCACUCAAUUUUGCCUGUUUAUUGGCAUAAUUCGGGCACUUUUCUCUCAGUUUUUGUAUAAGGUUCAAUGAGUUUGUUCUGUACUUCUGUGUGCGUUAUCUUCUCCAAAUUAAGAUUCCAGAUUCGUGGGUUCAUGAAAAUCUCGUUGUAGACGAGCCAAGUUGAAAUAUUUUUCCUCAAGUGAAUUUUGUUAUGAUCACGUCGUGGUUUUGAUCUGACUCCACUUCCGUCGCUAACUCUCUUCGAAAGAUUCGUGUUAAAAAAGAAACCUGAAAAUGGUGAAUUUUGUUUCUCUCUGUGACAUAAAGUAUGGGUUUGUGCCCAAAAAUUCAACUGAUUUGUUUGUGAAACGGAAAAUUCACAAGCUUCCCAGCAGAGGAGAUGUAAUCACUAGAUUACCGGUGUUUGGUUCGAAUGCACGAGAGAAUCUGAAUGCUAAACCAAGAAGAAACCUUAGAGUUAGGCCAAUCUUUUGUAAGAGUUAUGGAGAUGCAGCAAAGGUUUACCAAGAAGAGGAGAUUCCCAGAGCAAAAUUGAUAUGGAGAGCAAUCAAACUACCAAUGUACUCUGUCGCUUUAGUUCCUCUUACCGUUGGCGCUUCAGCGGCCUAUUUAGAGACGGGUUUGUUCUUAGCUAGACGUUAUGUUACUCUAUUGCUCUCAUCAAUUCUUAUCAUUACUUGGCUCAACCUAAGCAAUGAUGUUUAUGAUUUUGAUACCGGAGCUGAUAAGAACAAAAUGGAAUCAGUAGUAAAUCUGGUUGGAAGCCGGACAGGAACCUUAGCCGCUGCAAUCACAUCGCUAGCGCUUGGUGUUUCUGGUCUAGUUUGGACAUCGUUAAAUGCAAGUAAUAUCCGUGCAAUACUAUUGCUAGCCUCAGCAAUACUCUGUGGCUACGUAUACCAGUGUCCGCCAUUUCGGUUAAGUUACCAAGGAUUAGGAGAGCCUCUAUGCUUUGCAGCAUUUGGUCCAUUUGCUACUACUGCUUUUUAUCUACUUCUUGGUAGCUCAAGCGAGAUGAGGCAUCUUCCGCUAAGCGGUAGGGUCCUUUCAUCAUCUGUCCUUGUUGGUUUUACUACAUCUCUUAUCCUUUUCUGCAGCCACUUUCAUCAGGUGGAUGGAGAUUUAGCUGUGGGGAAAUAUUCACCUCUGGUUCGGUUAGGGACUGAAAAAGGAGCUUUUGUUGUGAGAUGGACUAUUCGUUUACUAUAUUCAAUGCUUCUUGUUCUUGGUUUAACCAGGAUUUUGCCACUACCUUGCACCUUGAUGUGCUUCCUGACAUUACCAGUUGGGAAUUUGGUUUCAAGCUACGUUGAAAAGCACCACAAGGAUAAUGGGAAGAUAUUCAUGGCCAAGUAUUACUGUGUGAGACUCCACGCCUUGCUUGGAGCCGCAUUGUCGUUGGGGCUAGUUAUCGCGCGCUAGAAAUCAGUCACCAAACAUUUGUUUCUCUCUUUAGCCUUCGUUGUAUCUACCUAAACGUUUAGCCACUACAGUAUGCUGUAGCUAAAAGGAAACAUUCGAACUUACAACAGUUGUGAAAGGUCUCAAAUUAAUCACAAGCAUGGUGAGCGAUUGUAUCCUCAAUUGUUAAAGUGACGGGUGCCACCAUGGAUAUGUUGAAACAUGGGCCAUGUCGGAUUUAGUGCAAGCCCGUUGACGGCGUUUGUGUUAGGUAAUUCAGAUUUCCAACACACAAGAUGGCCCAACAAAGAGGUUAUGCUUGUGUUUGUAGGACAUAAUUGUUUCUCGAUAUGGACCUUUCUCCAAUUCUUGAAUCCAUCCCAAACCACUG